UACCCUUUCGAAAAGUACAUCAUUGCAACUAAAAAGUGCAUAUAAGUACCUCAGAGGUAUAUAUUGGUAACAAACUUAUACCUUAACAUAGGACCAUCUUAAGGGUACCCUAAAGUGAUAGCUCGGGUAGACUUUGACACAUUUCUUCUGAACGUGUAGUGUGUUCUGUUUAAUACACUACACUAAAAUGGUUAAUAGUCUAAAAGACUAAAACAUCUGGGAGAAUUUCCAUGACAGCUUAGGCAUUUCAUAAAUGAAAUUUAUGUUAAGUCACAUCCUUAUAAGUAUUCCUGCCAAUCUAUAGGAUUCAUCUGCUGUCUAGAUUCUAUUAGCUGUGUUCAAAAGUGGUGACUGACAUUACGCCAUAAGUUUCCACUGACUCUAGAUGGUAAUCAUCGAGCGUUUCCGUGGUUGUGCUUCAAGGGAUGUUUGAUAAUCACUGGAUAAGUAAAAUAUAUUUAACAUCACUGUAAUAAGAGAUUUGAAAACCUGAGAAGAUGAGUGCUGCUAAAAUUAUAAUGUGGAUUAAACAGCCUGUCUUCAGUUUUACAAUCUUACACAUGCUGGAAGUGGCAUCCACACUUAUUAGCAGAUCAAGGAGAUCCAAUAAAAAUGGUUCCCAAACAGAGGCUUCAAGUGAAAGAAAUAGCUCUUGUGAUUUUAAUAAUCCUUUGGUGAUUGGAAUAAUCUUUUUUCUGGCUGCCAUGGUUAUCUUUCUCCUAGUAUUACUGUGUAGAGAAUUCAGAGCAAGACGUGACAUGAGAGUUACUAAUGAAAACACGGAAUCAACCCCUUUGAGUCAAAACUGUGCAUUAAACGUUCGCCCUCCUUCAGUCAACGGUGCAUAUGACUCAUCCUCAACCAGUUCUGAAAGUCCUGAAGGCUCUCUGGCAGACAUUUCCUGUAGCUCUCAACGGUAUACGACUCUCCACUACCGUUGCAAGGAUACGGAUUACAUCAAUAUUUCAGAGGGAACAUUGAACUUAAACAAUAAAAACUCAUGCAACAUAGAAUACGAGAAUGUCACUGAAGCCCAGAAAAAGAUUGCAGAGAAAGAUCAGAAAAACUGUGAUGAUGGCAAUGCAAGUGAUAGCAGUGACACAAGCGCUGAAUCUGUAGUCCAUUACACCAAGGUUGUUUUUCCUAAAGCAGAUAAAUGA